AUGAUUGCAUCAAAUCCAGUCCAGUUAAUCGUUAUAGGUGUUGGUCUCAUUGGACCCCGUCAUGCCCAGCACAUUCUGCAAAAUGUUGAUUGUGAGCUUCUUGCACUUAUUGAUCCUAGCCCAAAGGCAGUUGAACUCGCAGGAGAGCUUAACACUCUUUGCUUCAAAAGCAUCGACAAACUAUUUGAAUACUUGGAAGCUAAUUUGAUGCCUUAUCCAGAUGGUGCUAUAAUUUGUACCCCUAAUCAUACUCAUGCUGUCAUUGCAGCAAGUCUUGCAUCAAAGGGAGUAAACUUGCUCAUCGAGAAGCCUGUUAGCACGAGCUUAGAGGAGGCCAAGGCUUUGCAACAAUUUGUCAAGGAGCAGAAGGUGAAGGUAUUAAUAGGACACCAUAGACGUUUCAAUCCGUUUAUUAUGGCGGCUAAAGAGAAUUUGCAUCAUGUUGGAGAAAUCGUUGCAAUUCAGGGAACUUGGGCCUUACAAAAACCCAAAUCUUACUUCGAGAUUUCUCCCUGGAGGACAGAUGUCAGAACUGGAGGUGGCGCCUUAUUGAUCAACUUGAUACACGAUAUUGACCUCUUGCAAUAUCUUUUCGGACCAGUUGAGAGAGUUUAUGCGGAAUUAUUGAAGAAACAAAGGAAAGAAUACCCUAAUGCUGAUGAAGGUGCGUGUAUGACCUUGAGAUUCAAGAAUGGCAUAACAGGAACAUUUAUAUGUGCAGACAAUGUGACUUCCCCUUUUAAUUUUGAGGUUGGAACGGGUGAGAACCCAUUGAUACCGUUUGAUCACCAGCUAGAAGGUUUUUAUAAGGUGUUCGGAUCCAAGGGGACAUUAUCUAUUCCAGAUUUUACUUUGUAUCAUCAGAACAAUUUGGAUAUCACGGAGAGGUCAUGGCAUUCAUCUGUUGAAAGAAGAAGACUUCUUAACGACACCCGCGAAACAAGAAAGACAAAGCCGUUUGAUACACAAUUAAACCACUUCAUUGAUGUUAUUAGAGGGAAAGCACAACCGGCGUGCACUAUCAGUGACGGAAUUCGUGCUCUAUUAUGUGUUGACGCUGUUCUAAAGUCAAUUGAGUCUGAUUUGCCCCAGAAAGUGGAUGACGUUGAGGCUAUUGCUCCAGAUUAUGAUGCAAUUGGGGUUAACCUGCCGAAAGGAUACGCUAGUACGACAUAA